AUGAGGCUGGGAGUCAUGACCCGCCGUAAUAUGAGCAUGCAUGAUCAAAUACUCUGGUGGGUAUCGCUGGCUCUUUCGACUUUUGUGGUGCUGGGAACGGAUUUGUCUAGCAAUGAGCACUUCGGGGAGUGGAUAAAUUUGAAGGAUGCCGGCGAGAUGGGAUGCUUUGCCCAACUGCCAUCAAGCUUCACCAAGAAAAAGCUGGAUGGGCAGACCUCGUAUACCUGCUUCUUGGAGUGUAGGGAGGUCGGUACGCGCUACAUGGCGCUCUUCAACAGGGACUACUGCCUAUGUGGAAAUUCGCGUCCGGAUGGCGCGAAGUCUGAGUCGUGCAAUUUAGGGUGUAAGCAGUAUCCAGGCGAGAACUGUGGAGGUCCGAACGCAUACUUCGUGUAUAAUAUUGCCCCCGAUAAAAAUGGAGAGAGCUCUUCGGCCUUGGCCUCGUCCUCCACGCAGGGUGCUGCCAGUAGUUCUACUACAGAUCCAGCCGGAGCAGGGGGUAAAAAUCCUACAACAACUAACGGUGAACGGCCGGAUGCGACACCCACCACUAAGGCCGAAGGCGCAACAACCCCGACGGUCGCGCCCUCUGCCGCAGUUACCACCACGCCUGCCGCCGCAGGUGGCAAUACCCUCACCACCGAAGUGAUUGCGACUACACUUCGGGUCACCAACUCGGCCGGCGUGUACCAAACAACUGUCACAGCCGUCGCAUCGAGCACCCCAUCCUCGGACAGCGCACCGGAGCCGGAGCACAAGAAAAAAGGGCCUCCCACUAGCACCCUGGUGGGUGCGAUCGUCGGCUCUCUCGUGGGCUUACUUUUCCUGAUAUUUUUGCUCAUAUAUUUCCUGCGUCGCAUGUAUGCUCGCCGCGAGCAGGAACGGAUGGAAAAGGAAUACCAGGAGGCCAUCAAGCCUGUCGACUACGAGGAGGCUAUGUAUAUGACCCCCACGCUUCCGGAGGGAAAGGAGCUGGAGCGUUCCGAAACCACGAAACUCAACCCGUUCGACGAUACACGCAGAAUAAGCACCGGCUCACUCAUCGACAGCUCGCCGGUCACAGCCAACCACAUUUUAACUGUGGUCAACCCAGACCAGUGA